AGACUGUCGAGGUGGAAGAGAGAGAGCAGGGAGAGCGAGUACAGACUGUCGAGGUGGAAGAGAGAGAGCAGGGAGAGAGAGUACAGACUGUCGAGCUGGAAGAGAGAGAGCAGGGAGAGAGAGUACAGACUGUCGAGGUGGAAGAGAGGGCAGCGGUAAGUGAGGAAGACACAGAGAUUCCAGAGAAAGAACAUAUUGAAACAGUGGCAGGAGAGAAAGCGGAGGAGGUCCAGUCUCGUCCUUCUGCCCAGCUCAGUGUCCAACCUAUGGUCAGGAUUGAGAUGGAAUGCAGUGACGAUGACCAGAGUGACAGCGGGGUGUCCACUGACUUCUCCCCUGUCGGCCACACACGAGAUCCACACGACCACAUCCCCCAUCAUAGACAACAAGGCACCCCCACCCCAGAAGGAGACUCCCAUCGAGAGGGAGAUCCGGCGAUCUGCUGAAAGGGAGCAGAGCCUGCGUCGGUCCAGGUGCAUGUCAAACACUCAGGAAGGUCAGGAGGUGGUAGACAUCCCCCUGAUGAAGACUCCGCUGCUGGCUAAGACACUGUCCUCUAAGGCUGGGCCGGGGCAGGGCGCUGACUGGCAGUUCUCAGAGAAGAAGAUGCAGAAGGAGAUCAGCCAGGAGAUCCAGAGGGAGCUUGUCCUGGUGAACAUGGGGAAGAUCCCUGGAGUCUACAGCAAGGGAACAGUACGCCAGAUGAGCGAGAGGAAGCUGCUGUUUGAAGCCUUCCAACAAGGCAAUGCAGAAGGACCCACCAGGCACAGGAGACCCCUCACCACAGCAGGCCUGGGGAUGAGAGGUCAUGUCUACCCCUCUGUGCUGGAGAGGACGCGUAGCAUGGAGCUUGUCUCUUUUAAAGGCUGCCCUCUCUCAAGAGCCCACUCCCACCAGCUGUUUGACUUAAAGGCCCAAAAGGAGGCUAGCCUAGGCCAAAACCCCAGUGCAGAGAACCAACCCGCCGCCAAAGGAGCAGCGAGGAAGGUGGUUAUUCUGGAAAGUGACGACACAAUCAUAGCCCACUAUCCAAACCGAGACAUAGGAGCCCAGCGCCUCUACAGAAGCCUAGACUGCCUAAGUAUAGGGGGCACUGUCUCUACAGAGGAGGAGCGCACGGAUGAGGUGAGGGGAGAACAGCCAGGGAAUGAGGACGAGGGCUCUGACAUCCUUAGGGAGAACCCCUUCUUUAAGCUGCGUCCCUCCCUGGCCAUGAAGCCGGAGGUGGAGAAGGACAUCCAGGAAGCCAGGGAGAGGGAGGAGGAGCUGCGCAGGCAGAGGUGUAGUCUGUACGGAGAGGCAGGAGUCGGUGGGGGCAGGCCAGACGGCACAGAGGACCCCAGCCCAGACUCACCUACCACACGCAUUCCCUCAUCCACCUCCUCUUUCACAGCAUCAGUUGAUGGCCGACAAUCCAAGGGGAAGUUGGAUCGGACCUGGCCUCCUCCCAAUCCUAAGAGUGCUAGGGAGAACCCUGGCCAAACACAGGAGCCCAAGGUUUACAAGGCAGGCGGCCAGAAAACUCCCCUGUGGCAGCGUUGGGAGGCAGGUAUGGUGAACGGGCCACUGCCACGGGAACAGGACUGAUACGGGAGGUCAUCAAUACCAGGACUUCUAUAACAUUAACAUUUCAGGAUGGUAGAACUGCAUAAUUCACUACGACGGCAGAAACUUGAAUUAGUGUUAGCUUGAACAUUCCAUGCUUUGUAAGACUAGCAUCUGUUUUGUAUAUAACAUUACAAUUUCAUGACAAAUAUUCACAAUGUACAAAAGACGUCCUCUCUCAUUUAACUGCUCUGCUUGUAAAGGUUUAACUCCUGUUCAGUGUUCGAUCAAAAUGACAAAUGUCAUCCACAAUACAGAGAAAUGUCAUUAUCAAGAAUUGCAUAAAUGUGAAGGGAAUCAAAACUACUAUAAAUGUUUCAGUAAACGCACACAUGCCGCAAUCAUAUCUCCAUUUUGUCCCAUCAGGCUUAUCAGUAUUGUACAGUUUGUUAAUACAAUCCAGUGAGGAGAAAUGAAGUGCAUACAUUAAAUAUCCUUUUCAAAUCAA